AGGGUUAAUUGCUUAAAUCAUGUAAAUGAAGAAAAGUAGCGCUUGAUUUUUUUUCUUUAGGUGGGUUUCCACCAUAUGCAUUUGUAGCCACUCAAGACAGGCUUUCUUGCUCGAUUUAGAAUAAAACUCUUCAUUUUUGUUUAGAAUUCAUUUCAUCUCUCUUCUCUUAUAUGGUUAGCUUUUGCUUAUAUAUAUACAUAACAGCGGUAUAGACUUUGCUAAAAGCAUCAAGUGGGUCAUCCUUUCUCUGAAAACCAGGGAAUGAAUUUAUCUUUCCUUAAGUUACUGUUAUGAGCCUUUUUAGCUCUUCUUUUAUUUUCAUUUUUCUGAUGGGUUAUGUCAGCUAAUGUACACAAAACUCUCAUCUACUGCAUGUUUUCUGUACUUUUUGUUGGAAAUUCCUCUGAAAUUCCAGAUCUCUGACUCUCUCCCUCCUUUAAACCUUUCAUUCUUGUAAGUUCUGUCAUCGUAUUUGAUAGGUUUUGAGUUGGAUAAUGAAUUAGGAUUAGCAGUGAAUCCAUAAUUGGAAUGAUGAUGGAUGAUGAAAAGAGUGGUUUGGGAUCAUCUGUGAUUGCUUUUGAAGAGAAAAAUGAUAGCUUAUCUGCAAUGUUAUUUGGAGCUUCUUGUGCUUUUUUCGCUUUAAGGAUCAUAAUGAAUCCUGAAAUUGAUGAUGACAAAUGGUCGAUAGUAAAGGACAGGCUACAUCAAGGAUGUACUUAUCUAUUGGGUUUACUUGUUUGGAGAGUUCAAAAAGAAAGGUUGAAUCUUGAAGAUGCAGAAAUAGAGAUUGAAGAGUUGAAGAGGAGAAGAAGAGAAGACGGGAAGGCUAACGAGAAGGUAAUGGGCAUAAUAUCUACUCGAGAACAGAGGUGGUUGUCUGAGAAGAAGAAGUUUCGUAGGAAAAUUGGAGAUCUCUUGCACGAAUUGAGGGUUGUUCAUAAGAAAAGUGGUGAAGCUAUAUCUGAACUGCAGUUGUUGAAGGAUGAAGAGCAGAAGAGGAUUGAAUUGGAAGCUAAAUUGAAGGCAGCUGAAGCCAUGGUUGAGGAAUUAAGAGAGGCAUCCAACCGUAAAGAUCAAGAUCAUUGUACAGAGAUUUGGAAACACAAAACGGCUUUCUUUGAGGUUGUUUCCAAUCAGAGACAGCUUGAGGCAGAGAUGGGCCGGGCUUUAAGACAAGCCAAAGCUUCAAAGCAAGAGCUUGACUCUGUUUCAAUGCAAAAAGAGGAAUCCAUCUUAAUGGUUCAGAAGCUUUCAAUGGAAUUGAUGAAAAUACGCAAGGAUUUAGAACAAAAGGACAACAUUUUGUCAGUUAUGCUAAGGAAAUCAAAACUGGACACAACUGAAAAACAACUUCUCUUGAAUGAAGUGAAGCUGUCAAAGUCCAAACCGAAGCAAGCCGAGCUAGAGACUGAACUGUUUUCCCCAGUGUGUUUUCCCGAAGGAAAAGAGGAACUGUUUUUUGCAGCUGACAUUAAGCAACUUGAAGGAUGGGUUUGCUCUCAGGCUAAGAAAUACAUCGAUGUGGUUGAACGACAGCAUCAGUUAGAAAUAGAUGCUUUUGCAGAACAAAUGAGACUUAAAGACGAGAAACUCGAAGCCUGUCGAUGGCGUUUAAUGAGCAUGGAUCUAGAAUCAAAGAGAUUACAUGCCCAUAUCGAAGGACUUGACUACGAUCUAUCCCAGCUUCGUCAAGACAAUAUGAAACUAGAAGCUUCCUUGUUAGAUCGAGAAUCAUUACUAAGAUCCUUUAAGAAACAGAUGGGAUUGGGUUUGUGUUUGGAAUUCCCAAAUACAAAAGAAGUUGCUAUUACAACCGUUCAAUCUCCAGAGAGCUUUUAUCCUGUCCACGAGGUGAAACCCGACAAUUCCAAUUCCAAUUCUUCAUCAUCUUCUUCGCCCAGCACUUAUAAUGCAAAGGGUGUUACUGGUUCAUGGAAGAUGGAUCUUCAUGCUCUUGGAGUUUCUUACAAGAUCAAGAGACUAAAGCAUCAAAUGAACAUGCUAGAAAUGUUAACCCGGAAGCAAUUAGAAUGUCCCGGGAUGCUUGAACUUCACACCCUUAUGUCAUUAUUGAACAAACAAGUGAAUCGUUACGAGUCUCUUCAGGCAAAGGUUGAUGAUCUUUGCAAGCGUAUGAAUGAGAAAAAUAUGUGCAUGAUGAGAAAAGGAGAAUGGAACAUAACAAAGACAAAAGAGGAAACAAAGAGUUUGGAGCAGUUGUUGGAGGAAACGUUUCAGCUGCAGAGAUACAUUGUUUCGACAGGACAAAGGUUGAUUGAAAUACAAUCGAAGAUUGGGUCUGAAUUUGUUGUUAAGAAUACAUGGGAGGUCGGUGCUAGUGGCUUCGACGCCAAGAGGUUUGCUGAAAACUUAAGAAGCCUUUUUCUCGAAGUUCAAAGGGGUAUUGAAGUUAGGAUUUCUCAAGUUAUCGGUGAUUUAGAAGGCACCCUUGCUCGAGAUGGGAUGAUGCGGCUCACUUUAAAAUAAAAUAAAAAAUAUUCCUAUCUAGCUAGAGAUAUUAAACCAUGAUCUAUAUGUAUAUUUUGAUCCUCCUCAAGUUGAGGAGAAACCUUAGAAAUAUUUUAAUGUUUGACUAUGAUGAUAAGACAAUUGUAUUAGUUACUAUAUAUAUAUAUAUAGUAAGUUUCUAAGUCAGAAUGAACACU